AUGGCCUUAGUUCUUGAAAAUAGUAAAAUAUUGGAAUUUUUGGAAUUAGUAGGCCGCUUGAAGCAUGUAAAGAGGACUGGCUGGAUUCUUUGUGAUAUUAAUGAGUGUGAAUCUAUUGCUGGGCACAUGUACCGUAUGGGACUUAUGACAUUUUUGCUCACUGAAGAAAACAACCCUACAAAACUGGACAGAUUUAGAUGUCUUCAAAUAGCUCUCGUGCAUGACUUAGCUGAAUGCAUUGUUGGAGAUUUAACCCCACAUUGUGGUGUAUCGCCUGAAGAGAAGCAUAGACAAGAAGAUGAAGCAAUGCAGAAAAUUGCAGGGUUAACUGGAAUAGCUGGGGAUAGGAUGUAUGAUUUGUACAAAGAAUAUGAAAACCAAAGUUCACCAGAGGCUAAGUUUGCUAAAGAUCUCGACCGUUACGAUAUGAUACUCCAAGCCUUCGAAUAUGAGAAACGUGAAAACUCACCAAAAAAAUUGCAAGAAUUUUUCACAGCUACUGAAGGGAAGUUUGACCAUCCAUUUAUUAAAGACUUAGUCACCGAAUUGUAUAAACAAAGAGAGGAAUUUGAAAAGAAAGUCCUUGUGAAUGGCCACGUAGAAUAA